UAUUUUCUUUUCAAUUCAAUUCUAUUUCUUUGAGCGAUUGGUUGUUUGGAAAUUGCGUCGGGCGAUGUAGUGUAUAAAAAAUAAAGUAAAACAAAAUUAAAGAUAAUAAAUUAAAUUUCAAGUUCUAAUGACGUGCAUUUGUGAUAACUAACUAAAAAAAAAAACAUUUAUAUAUAUGAACGUAACGCGAAACCAGAUAAAAGUGUAACAAAGGCAUGAAAACGUAGUGACGAUUCAAAGUUUCAAGUGAAUUUCUUAUGCGACUGAUUUAAAAUAAAUUAACUACAAAAAUACUAAGAGUUUUUGCAAACAAUAUUCAAUAGCGUUGCUUGGUGGAAUAUAGAAUAUAGCAACACAAGUAUUGGCGGCAUACACUGAGGACUACGCCUGAUUAAUUGUAUUUCAGCAUAGCAAUCCAAGAAGUGUACAAGCAGGAUUUGACAGCAAUAUGGCAGCGGAAGGUUUACGUCAAUGUCUGCUGCUAUGGAGCGUCGACUAUUGGAAUCUAGAAGUUAUGGCUGACAGCGCUUUCAAGUCGCGUGACAUUGGCUUGCGUGCCCAGAAGAAGAUCCUCUCGCGCAUGGCCACCAAGAAUAUAGCGAAAACAUUUAUUGACGGCACAACCGCAUCGCUGCUUGAUAAUUUAUAUCGCCUUUGUAAAAUGCAUACGGGCAAUAAAGCUAAAGCGGAGAAGCUGAUAAAGAAUAUAAUAAAAAUCGUUAUCAAAAUUGGUGUCCUACAUCGAAAUAAUCAAUUUAGUGCCGACGAACUGAAGGAUGCGGAAGUUUUUAAGCGGAAGUUUCAAAAUACCCAACUCUCUGUGAUUUCCUUCUAUGAAGUGGAUUACAGUUUCGACCUGCCGUAUCUGCAAAAGUCCAUUGCUGAAUCGCAUGCCGCCCUCAAGUCAAUUGUCCAACGACAUCUCACCGAAAAGUCACUGAAUCGCAUCGAUGAGGUUUUCGACUUUUUCGGUGAUACCGUACUCUUAGAGACCGCCUUCAAACCCAAUUCACAGUAUCGUGAGUUAAUGGGCAAAAUUGUCAGCGAUAUCAAUACUGCCAUGGAAACGGGAGACAUGUAAGUAAGCGUGCGCCUUUAGUACUUAGGCACACGAAAUAAAUCGUAUUAAGGACACACUAUGACACGCUUACACUCAACUCUCGUCUCGUCUUGUCUCGCCCAAAGGACUGCAAAGUACUUUAAAGUCGGUGGAAAAAAGCGAAGAUGUGAACACAAAUGAAAGGCUUAAAUGGAAUUUAGGUCAUUAGUAUGGAACAAGAAACCAAAAAAUAAUAUGUAAUAACAAUAAAAUAAUUCACAGCACUUUUAUCGAAUACGCUUGUCUUAAAUAUUAUAAAAGAAAAGAAAAUGUAAAAAAAUAAAUAAAUAAUGAUGAACGUCAUGUUAAAUAAGAUUCUGGCUAAUAAUGCGAACGUUACAAUAUAGGUGAUGCUGUAGUAUGUAUAUAUGUAUUUAUUUAUGAAAAAAAUUAUAAUGGCGAUGAUUAUGACAUUGCUGAUAAUUGUGUUAUGAUAAUACAAAGAUUUUUGAUGCUAUUGAUUAAGCAUACUAAUGUUAACAGCGUUAUUGAUUCAAUGCUAUAUUGAUAAUAAUGAUAAUAAUAUUUAUUAUUAUAAGCUAGUAAAAAAACAAAAUGAUGGAAAAAGCAAAAACAAAAAAAAAAUAAUUUUUGAACGAUUAUUUUUCUAUGGUGAUAUUAAUUAAAAUAAAAGAAAAAACACAAACAAAUAUUAUAAAAGGAAAACAACAACAAGGAAUAUGCACAAGUGCUGAACCAUUAUGAACAUAUUGAAAAGAAAGCAUAUAAACACAACAAACACACACAAAUGUACAACAUGAAUAAUAUUAGCGUUUAAUUUGGCAGUGCGUGGAUUUGAUUUUUGAAAAAAAUUACAAAAUGUGCUUCAAAGUGAAAAUAUUUGCAUCUUGAGUUGAACGAAAUUCCUUGAAUAUCAACUAUUUAACCUAACUAAUUUGAUGCGACCAAAAAAAAAUCGGAAUUCGUCAAUUAUAUUCGUAUGCUAUGUAAUAAUAUUGUUUUCUUCGUAUUGAUUUCGUUUUUUUUUUCGUAUAACUUUCGUUAUUACAACUGUGAACCACUCAAAUUUAACGCAAAUAUUAUUCAUGCUUGCAAAUGGAAUUGCAAUAACAAUUUGGCGUCCUGUACGAGUAUUGAUUGUUGUAACAAAUGUACUGUUAUUAUUAUAGAUUAAGAUCUAAAUAAGUUUAAGAAGCUAAAAACUAAAUAAUUUUUCGCAAUGCAUUCACAUCGCUACAAAGUUGGCACACACACAAAUUGAGAAAAGACAAGAAAAAUCGGUAUAAACUAAGCAAAACAACAAAAACAUUUACUAAAUUAUGUACUAUACAUACAUACAGUAUAUAAUGUAAUGUACGCAUGCGUGUACCUAGUUUCAAUACUAAUUUUUUUAUACUACACCAUACAUAAUGUACAAGUAUUGGUAACUAUGAAGAUGCAAAUGAAAACUCUGCAAAAGCUCAAUUAUUGUCUGAGCGCGCAUUAGGGACUUUUUCAACGUAGUAAAAACUAAAACAACACUGCAAAAUUAAAACUGAAACCUAAAUAUUAUAAACUAAUCUAUGAAACAUAUGUAAUGAACGUUUGUAAGCUAUGCGCUAGUGCAUAUGUACUCUAUGUAUUUUCAAAAGGACUACUACACAAAGUAAAAAUAUCAAUUUUUGUAUUUUCUAUACUAUAAUGACUAAAUAUGCGUUAACUAAGCAAAUAUUUAACUAAAAUUAAAGCAUUUUGCGCUAACGAACUGCGCCUUUUGGGCGUUAUACAUACAUACAUAAUUCGGCGAACAUUACAAAUAACGCUACAGUCAAGUGUACACUCGUGGCUUUUGAGUCAAAAUUUACUAUGCUAAAUUUGAAAAAAAAGAAACGUAUUAAUAUAAAAAAUAACUAGCUGGAUAUAUUGAAAGCACUUAUUAAAAUAUCGCAAGGCCUGAUGUACUUAAUUAAUGAAAUUAAAGAAGAUUGCGCCGAUCAACUAUUGAUCUCGUUUGAAAAUAAAGAAUUUUAGUCACGGCUCAUUUGGCAAAGACAUUUUCGCAGCAAUAAAAAAAAUAUAAAAAUAAAUGAUAAAAAAAUAUAACAAAAAUAUUUUGCAACGCUCGCAAUUUGCAACACAAAUAUAUGCAUUUAUGAAGGAAAUUAAGUAUUUUGUAAUGCGUUUAUCAAAUUUCACUUGUAUUUUUAACAAUAAUUCGCGACUUUUAACAGUUUUUUUAUUUUAUUAUUUUUUUUUUAACAAAACACUAAAAUAUACCGUUAAACGAAAAAUUCUGUUUUUAUUAAGUACUCGAUCUUCAAAUGUAAUUAUUCAAUUUUCUUACUUUAAAA